AAAUGAUAAAGUCAGUUAUUUCUAAUAAAGAAAACUAAUUUCAUCGUAUUCAUUAACAAAGAGUGGCAAGAAAAAUUGUAAAGAAUUGAAAUUAUUUUCAGAUUAACAAAAUUGGAAAAUCAACAUUAAAUCAAUCGCCAAUAAGAAAAAGAGUUGAAAACACUGCUUAAUAAACUUUAGAAGCUCUGAGCUCCUAUCAAACUUUAUGUGAUAAUUAACAUAGAAUUGAUUUAUGUAAGAAUGUUUGUAUAUCAAAGUAAAGCAACCGAAAAGUAAAAUCAACUUUACUUAAUAAGAGAUAGUCGGUUGGGAUGAUUAAAAUUAAAGUUUUGAGAAGCCAUAAAAAUUAACAACCGAUCAGAGUGUGUAGACAAGUACUAGUUAAGAAAAAGCCCGAAAAUCAAUUUCACAAUAAACCUAGAGAAUUAAAACGAUUCCAAGAUUAAUAGAUAUAAGAUAAAAAACCUCAAAAACUCCGUUAAGAACUACAAAAAUUACUAGUCCAUUAAUUGAAUAUCCAACUAUGCAAAAGUUUAAAUUGUUCUUUGAUAAAAAUAUUUAUAAACAAGGGAUCCCUUAAUUGAUUAUAUGUGAUCGAUCAUUAAAUGCCGUUGAUGGAUUGAAUUGUAUUAGUUUCAACAAUGUUACCUCUAAGCUAAUGCCUCAAAGAAGAAAUCAUAGUUUAUGUGUAGGGAAUAAAAUAAAUAAAGUUGACAUUAUUAAGGACAUUACUCAAAACUUAUGA